GGUCGCAGAAGCUAAACACUAGCCGUUUAGCUCAAGUUCAGUUUAGUAAACUUUCAAUUGUCAGCGUGUUCGGAUCGCAGAAUUUCGCGCGCCGGGUUGUAGUAUACCAACUGGUUGUUUCCCUGCCGUGUCGUUCCCCUCGUUUCGUUUUACUCGUUCUUUCGAUCACCACCCAAGAAGAAGAAUCAACAGGAAAAGUAGGCGGUUGUCAUUCGCCAUUGUGUGUGCGGUGCUGCGGUGCAGUGUGAAAUCGUAAGAACAACAAGUACUAGAAUUAAACCACAAUAGGCCCUGGAUUUCGGCGGUGCAAUUUGUCCUGGAUUCUAAAUUGUGCCGUUGAGUGGUGGAUGUGUGUGUGUGUAUCUAUGUGAGUGCAUAAGGAGAACGUAGAACGCGAUCGCGCGAAAUUGUAGGAUCCGAAUUCGGUGGCGGGCCACGGUGUGUGCAAUAUUUGCUCACUCUACCUGGGUGUGUUGGCAGUGUCAGAAUAGCAGUUUCCAGUAGUGCCAUGGGAAAUGAUUUCUCGUUAACCUUUCGCUGCUUGGUUGGAUACUAAAAAGCUAGCUUCUCUGGGUGAACAAGAUCAACAACAAUCCUACCGUGCGCCUCUGAGGGGCAACCGGACAAGUGCAACAGUGUAUCUGAGUAAACUGAUCGUUUAGCUGUCUAAUACGCGCAAUAUUAGACCAGUUCUUGGUGUGAUCCAAAACGAGAAAAAAGAUAAACCGAGAUCAUCAGCUGAGUGUCGUCAAAUAUCUGCCUAGAAUCUUACUAGUGAAACAGUGUGUACAUAUAGUAGUAUUACAUAAACAAGGAAAUUCAGCUGCCAUUCCGCACGGAUUACCAAUCCACGGGGAAGCACAAUCUCAAUCACCGCCGCCCGAACGCAGUCUUCCAGAGGAACGCAUCGAAGCAACGACUACAAAGCGACUACUGCGACGACCAAAGUUUAGAUAAGGAACAAACAAAAACCCACACACACACACAAAAUGGCCUUAAUCAUGAGAUACAUUGACAGUAUGCACCAUUACAUGGAAAAGUAUGGAGAUCCUCGGACACAGAACUGGCCUCUGAUGUCAUCUCCCUUCCCCACAUUAGCGCUAUGUUUAGGAUAUGUUUACUUAGUCAAAGUCCUGGGCCCAAGGCUUAUGGAGAACCGAAAACCAUUCCAGCUAAAAAAUACCCUCAUAUUGUACAAUUUCGUGCAAGUCUUCUUUAGUGCCUGGUUAUUCUACGAGUGUCUCAUGGGCGGUUGGUGGAGAUCCUACAACUUCCAGUGCCAACCAGUUGACCACGGUACCACCGGGCAAGCGAUGAGAAUGGUGCAUGCGUGUUGGUGGUACUACUUCUCAAAGUUCACAGAGUUCUUUGAUACGUUCUUCUUCGUGAUGCGUAAAAAAACUAGUCAAGUGUCGACGCUGCACGUCAUUCAUCACGGAUGCAUGCCCAUGUCCGUGUGGUUCGGCGUCAAGUUCACUCCAGGUGGCCACAGUACCUUCUUCGGUCUGCUGAAUACAUUCGUCCACAUCGUCAUGUACACGUACUACCUGUUUUCGGCCCUCGGACCCCAGUUCCAGAAGUACCUCUGGUGGAAGAAGUACCUCACCACCCUGCAAAUGGUCCAGUUUGUCGCUAUCAUGGUGCACGCCUUCCAGCUGCUGUUCAUCGACUGCAACUACCCGAAAGCAUUCGUCUGGUGGAUCGGAAUGCACGCCGUCAUGUUCUUCUUCCUGUUCAACGAGUUCUACCAGAGCACGUACAAAGCGAACAAGCGGAGAGCAGAAUUGGCUGCAUUAGCCAGGAAGGAGGCAGCCGAAGCGGCGGCGGCGGCGGCUCUACUGCCGAAUGGCACAGCCACCAGCAGCAGCAAUGGUAGUGUCACGUCCAACGGCACUGCCAACGGCCACCAUGGGAAGAACGGUGCAAUCCACAGUCACAGUAACGGAAGUGCCACCACCAAUGGCACGUUACUGUCCAACGGCGGCAACAAGGCGGCCGACUACUACGUGCGAGGCGAUCUCCCGGCAGAGAUCGAGAUCACGCAGCGACAACCCAGCAGCCGCAACCAGGCCCAAUAAUAGCGAAUAUGAUAGACAACAAACACAAACAAACCUCCUUCCCACAGAAAA